ACGCGCGUGACGUCAUGUCCGCUGGGCGGGGCCUCGCGGUCCCGCGCAAAUUGAAAGGUCCCCGGCUGCGCUUGCUGCAGCGCGGCUUGCUGCGCCCCGGGUUGAGGAACCGCAGCGCCUGGCAUGGGCUUGCGGGCCAUGCCUGUUCAUUCCCGGGAGACAGGACUACGGUGAAGCCGCGGCUGCUGUUACCUGGGGUACCACCGGCGAUCUCCUGGGGUUGGUGUGCCGUAUGGCACUCAGCCACUCCUGUGCUAAAGAGGAACUAUUUUACUCGAGAUUUACUUAGCCUAGAAGAAACUUAACGAAGUUUCAUGAAAUUUAACUCGGCACUAUGGGGAUUCAGGGACUGCUUCAGUUCAUCAAGGAGGCUUCGGAGCCCAUCAAUGUGAAGAAGUACAAAGGACAGGCAGUAGCUGUGGAUACCUACUGUUGGCUUCACAAAGGAGCUAUUGCCUGUGCUGAAAAGCUAGCCAAAGGGGAACCAACAGAUAGGUAUGUAGGAUUUUGUAUGAAGUUUGUUAAUAUGCUGCUGUCUCAUGGGGUCAAGCCUAUUCUUGUCUUUGAUGGAUGUACCUUACCUUCGAAAAAGGAAGUGGAAAGAUCUCGAAGAGAGAGACGACAAAGCAACCUUCUUAAAGGGAAGCAGCUCCUUCGAGAGGGCAAGGUGUCAGAAGCCCGAGACUGCUUCACUCGCUCUGUCAACAUCACACACGCCAUGGCCCACAAAGUAAUAAAAGCUGCUCGGGCCCUGGGAGUGGACUGCCUGGUGGCUCCCUAUGAAGCUGAUGCUCAGUUGGCCUACCUUAACAAAGCUGGACUUGUGCAAGCUGUCAUCACGGAGGACUCUGACCUCCUGGCAUUCGGCUGCAAGAAGGUGAUUUUAAAAAUGGACCAGUUUGGAAAUGGACUGGAAGUGGAUCAGGCACGGCUGGGCAUGUGCAAGCAGCUUGGGGAUGUGUUCACGGAGGAGAAGUUCCGGUAUAUGUGUAUCCUGUCAGGCUGUGACUACCUCUCCUCCCUGCGUGGGAUUGGCUUAGCAAAGGCCUGCAAAGUACUGAGGCUGGCCAAUAACCCGGAUAUCGUUAAGGUUAUCAAGAAAAUUGGGCAUUAUCUCAAGAUGAAUAUAACGGUACCGGAGGAUUACAUUGCAGGAUUUAUCCGAGCCAACAAUACUUUCCUCUACCAGCUAGUGUUCGACCCCAUCCAAAGGAAGCUGGUCCCUCUGAAUGCCUAUGGAGAUGACGUCAACCCCGAAACCCUGAGUUAUGCUGGGCGGUAUGUUGAGGACUCCGUAGCUCUGCAAAUAGCACUUGGAAACAGAGAUAUAGAUACCUUCGAGCAGAUUGACGACUACAGUCCAGACGCUAUGCCUGUCCACCCAAGAAGUCACAGCUGGAAUGAUAAAGCAUGUCAGAAGUCAUCUGUGGCCAACAGCAUUUGGCACAGGAAUUAUUGCCCUCGACUAGAGGUGAACGGUGUUUCCCAUGCUCCUGGGUUGACGGAAAAGUCAAGUACCGUGGGCCUUAAACAAGUGAUUAGUACUAAAGGGUUAAAUCUUCCCAGGAAGUCUUCUGUGGUGAAGAGACCAAGAAAUGAAUCUCUGUCCGAAGAUGACCUAUUGAGUCAGUACUCAUUUACAAAGAAGACCAGGAAAACCAGCGGUGGAGACAGCGCACCUUCUGACCCUUCUGAAGUGUCUGCACCCCACCUGCAUGGCGGGGCUGCCCACAAGACAGACGCGCACACUCCACCUAGGACAAGGAACAAGUUCGCAGUGUUGUUACAGAGGAAGAACGAAGACAAUGGCGCAGUUGUGGUGCCAGGGACCAGAAGCAGGUUUUUUUGCAGUUCUCCAAAUUUUGAUGACUACGUACCAAAAAAAGCAAGCAUUCAGCCUCUAAAUGAAACUGCUGUUGAAGGCAAAGGUACUACCAGCCUCGGAGCAUCAGACUGUCUAGGCACAGAGGGCCUUGGAGCACCAGACUGUCCAGGCACAGAGGGCCUCGGAGCAUCAGACUGUCCAGGCACAGAGGGCCUCGGAGCACCAGACUGUCCAGGCACAGAGGGCCUCAGAGCAUCAGACUGUCCAGGCACAGAGGGCCUUGGAGCAUCAGACUGUCCAGGCACAGAGGACCUCGGAGCAUCAGACUGUCCAGGCACAGAAGGCCUUGGAGCAUCAGACUGUCCAGGCACAGAGGGCCUUGGAGCAUCAGACUGUCCAGGCACAGAGGGCCUCGGAGCAUCAGACUGUCCAGGCACAGAGGACCUCGGAGCACCAGACUGUCCACGCACAGAGGGCCUUGGAGCACCAGACUGUCCACGCACAGAGGGUCAGAAGCUGGUUGACAUAAGUGUGACACAGGAUCCAAGUGCUCAGGUCUCAGGCAAUGAGGCUGUGUCUCCUGAUGAUGAGGCUCAGUCUUCCGAGACCAGCAAAUUCGUGGGAACCAUUUCCCCGACCACUCUGGGGACACUAAGAAGUUGUUUCAGUUGGUCAGGAACACUUGGAAAUUUUUCAAGAACUCCAAGUCCCUCUCCAUGCACUGUAUUACAGCAGUUCCGAAGAAAGAGCGAGACCUGUCUGCCCGAGACCUGUGCAGUGACUGACACAUGUCAUUCAAAGAGUGAAAUGUCAAGUGCUAAGUCUCAGCCCUUGCAUGAGGUGGCCUGGUCCUCACGAUCUCAGGAAAGCAUAGACUCACUGUGCAGUUUAAAUGCAUCGAACUUUUCCCAGCCUUCCAGUAAAGAUUCAGAUUCAGAGGAAUCGGAUUGUAACGACAAGUCACUUGAUAAUCAAGGAAGUCAGAACUCCAAGCAACAAUUACCUCCCUUUUCAAAGAAAGACACACUUGUAAGGAAUAAGAUCCCUGGGCUGUGUAGGUCUAGUUCUAUGGACUCUCUUUCUACAACCAAGAUCAAGCCCCUGGUGCCUGCCAGAGUCAGCGGCCUGAGCAGAAAGCCAGGAAGCAUCCUGAAAAGAAAACACCAUGAUGCUGAGAACAAGCCAGGGCUGCAGAUAAAGAUCAGCGAACUCUGGAAAAACUUCGGUUUUAAAAAGGAUUCUGAAAAGCUUCCUUCUUGUAAGAAGCCCCUGUCUCCAGUCAAAGAUAACAUCCAACUCACUCCAGAGACAGAAGAUGAACUCUUUAACAAGCCUGAGUGUGCACACGUUCAGAGAGCAAUAUUCCACUGAGUGAGGAAUUCCACUGCCUACAGGAAAACCUUACUGAUUCGAGAGAUUUAGUACUAUCAAUGCCAUUUUUAAAAUGGAAUGCAUUUUGUAUAUUAACUUUGUGACUUUCUUUUGCUCAGCUUUUUAUAUUUUCAUAGAAAGCUAAAUAGAAGAAUAAGUUGUCUUUGACAUUUCUGGGAUUUCAGUGCUCAUGGGGGAAAUCCGACACUGAUAACAGUCUAAAGGACUCUAAUGUCAGUAGAGAGUGGAAAAUGGAAAUAAAUAAAUGGAAAGCCACAGA